AUGGUACAAUGGAAGAAGCUAUUCGGGCUUGAUGGCGCACAAGACCAACAUCGCUGGAGAGACGAAACACGUCGUCUCCUUCCCACCUACCACGAAGACGCAAUCCCCUCCGCAGUCCCUGCCCCCGAAGUAACAAAAAUCGCAAUCCGCCUGCGCUACCUAAUCGAAGAAUGUGUGCCCUGCGAGCUCGAACCCGAGAGCAUCACACGCGCCCAUAGUCGCAUUAUCACGCCCAAGGUGGUGAAAGCUGCAAAGGAAGCAGGCAGUCAGGAAUAUGCUGCGUGUGUGGUAUACGCGCUCCUAGUAAACAAGCGGUGGUUUAAGAAGCAGGCGAUGCUUGAACUGUGGGAUGCGGAUCUACAUAAUGUGCGCGCGACGGCUUGUGAGGUUAUUGCGAAGCAGUUGAUCGAGACUGAAGAUAAUCAGGAUUAUCUCUUGCAAGAUGUACUGCUGAAGAGAUACGCGAUCAUGAUAGACGGCGAGCAAACCACUCCUGCAAACGUCAUUGAACGCGCUGUCGACCUUCACGCAUUAAGAGUUACUGGCUCUUCGGGGUAUCAGAAAUGCGUCAAUUAUCUAUGGCGCGGCUGGUUGGUGCAAGAUGAGAACGAUCCAUCUAUGUUCAUAGACUACAAAAAGAAGUCGAAUACGAAUUACUGGACACACGUUGACCCGGACCGGAUGAGGGCUCCUGUCUACCAAAAUGCUACACAGAUUAUCUUCUCGCUGAUUUAUUUGGGACUUUAUACUGGGGCUAUCAAUACGGUAAAUCCGAAAGGAGAUCUGGAUAUCGUGGAAAUCCUGCUUUAUAUCUUCACCUUUGGCUUCUUGUGUGACGAGUUUUCGAAGUUCUGGAAGGUGGGACGAUAUUAUAUUGGUUUUUGGAAUGUGUUUAAUCUGAUUUUGUAUGGCUUGUUGACCACUUCUUUGGUUACGAGGUUCGUUGCACUAAGCCAUCCGCUUGAAGAUGAUGAUGGGCAAAGAGGGAAAUUCAACGAAUUGAGCUACAACUUUCUAGCCUUCUCUGCACCCAUGUUCUGGAUGCGCCUUCUCCUCUACCUCGACUCAAUACGCUUCUUCGGCGCCAUGCUUGUGGUCCUCAAAGUAAUGAUGAAAGAAUCCUUAAUCUUCUUCGCUCUCCUAUUCGUAAUAAUCGUCGGCUUCCUGCAAGCUUUCAUCGGCAUGGAUAACGCUGACUCCAACGCUGACGCCACGGUCUUUAUUCUGCAAGCAAUGGCCAAUGCCAUCAUGCAGUCCCCCGACUUCAGCGGUUUUGACGCCUUCGCUCCUCCAUUCGGAAUCAUCCUCUACUACAUCUUCACCUUCCUCGUCAUGGUGGUCUUGCUUAAUAUCCUGAUCGCGUUGUACAAUUCUGCAUAUGAGGAUAUCACCGAUAAUGCAAUUGACGAAUACAUGGCUCUCUUUGCGCAGAAAACCAUGCAAUUCGUACGCGCGCCUGACGAGAAUGUCUUCAUUGCGCCGCUCAACCUCAUUGAGGUUUUCUUCCUCAUAAUUCCGUUCGAGUGGUGGCUUCCUAAACACAAGUACGCCAAACUCAACGACUACGUUAUGGCGCUUGUCUACAGUCCACUCUUGUUCGUAGCUGCGUAUUUUGAGACGCGCAGUGCGAAGAAUGUGAAGAGUAAUCGCAAGAGAGGGGAGGAUGAUGAUGAUACGGUGGAGGAAUGGGAGCAAAUGGAGGGAGAGGUGGAUUUUGAGGGCGAGGGAUGGGAUAAGACUGUACAGAGUGUGAAGCCUGAUGUUGAGCAGGAUGCCGCCACGAUUGAGGUUAAGAAGCUCAGGGGCGAGGUGGGCGAGUUGAAGGAGUUGAUUGUGAAGUUAUUAGAAAAGGGGAAUGUGUAG